CGGAGCCGGGAUUGAGUCAUAUGAUCAACCAGAAGCAGGUCAGCUGAUAGAAGUAGACGGAGCUGUGGAUGUGGAUUUGUUUUGGUUCUAAUGGGACGGAGGCAGAUCGGGAGUCACGGAGAUCAGCGGAUGAGACAGACGGAGCUCGGAGUGACACACACGCAUAGACAUGAUGGGUUCUCUGUACAGGAGCCGCAGCCUCAGUGACAGCCCGAAACUUCCACCAGUUGAACGCCAGCGCCUUUUGUCACCAUCUCCAUGUUAUGGCACUGCGGUGUGUGACCGGGCCAGUGCAGAGGAGAUCCAGCUCCGGCGUCGGCUGAAAUAUUUCUUCAUGAGUCCGUGUGAUAAGUUCAGAGCCAAGGGAAGGAAACCCUACAAAUUGGCCUUGCAGCUUAUCAAGAUCCUUAUGGUCACCGUGCAGCUAAUCCUGUUUGGCCUCAGUAACCAGAUGGUGGUGCAGUUUAGGGAGGAGAACACCGUGGCUUUCAAGCAUCUUUUCCUAAAGGACUACACAGAUGAUUCCGAUAAAACCUUUGCUGUCUACACCCAGAACGAUGUGUAUGAGUAUCUGAACUAUGCCGUGGAGCAGUACCUCUCCUUCCCUAACCAAACUACGGCUCGCUAUGCUUAUGUUCAACCCUUCAAUAAAUCGGCGCUUUCUGUCUGUCAGCAAUAUUAUCGCAAGGGCCACAUUGAUCCUGCUAAUGAUACCUUCAAUAUUGAUCCAAAAGUCGUUACAGAUUGUGUAUACGCAGAUCCCGGUGACUCCAGUCAGAGCUACAAAAAUUUUACCAUAAAGUUUCACAAACUGAUAAACCUCACGGUACAGUUUCAAUUAAAAGCUAUAAAUAUCCAGACAAUCAUUAAUAAUGAACUUCCGGACUGUUACACCUUUACAAUCACUAUCCUAUUUGAUAACCAGGCACAUAGCGGCAGAGUGAGAAUACAGCUAGACAAUGACGCAACUAUUAAAGAAUGCAAAGAUCCCAGUGUGUAUGGCCGAGGUGACAACCACUCUCGGUUGGCGUUUGAUUUGUUUGUGAUCCUGUCUUGCAUCCUUUCCUUCAUCCUGUGUGCACGCUCUAUCCUACGGGGCCUGAAAUUGCAAAACGAAUUUGCACAUUUCGUAGAAUCCAAUCACUCUCUCAAAGUCUCUGUAUCUGACCGGCUAGAGUUUGUGAAUGGCUGGUACCUGCUGCUUAUCAUUAGUGACAUUCUCACGGUGUCCGGUACUGUGAUGAAGAUUGGCAUAGAAUCCAAGACGUUUGCCAUUUAUGAUGUCUGCAGCAUUUUUCUAGGCACCUCCACCUUGCUGGUUUGGGUAGGGGUGAUCCGGUACUUGAGCUUCUUCCAAAAGUAUAACGUUUUGAUUGUUACACUCCGAGUGGCUCUUCCUAAUGUCAUCCGGUUUUGUUGUUGUGCUGCUGUCAUUUACCUUGGGUAUUGCUUCUGUGGCUGGAUUGUACUGGGACCUUAUCACGUCAAGUUUCGCUCACUCUCCAUGGUGUCGGAGUGCCUUUUCUCCCUUAUAAAUGGGGACGACAUGUUUGUUACUUUCUCAGAGAUGCAGAACAGCAGUUACCUCGUAUGGAUGUUCAGCCAGCUUUAUUUAUAUACCUUCAUCAGCCUCUUCAUCUAUAUGGUGCUCAGUUUGUUUAUAGCUCUGAUCACUGGAGCCUAUGAGACCAUCAAGUUUCAGAAUGCUGGAGAAGACCAUGUCUCGCCUCUCUAUCGGUACAUAGCUGAGUGUAAGGAUGCUCCCAACUCUGGGAAAUUCAGAUCUGCUAGCUCAACAAACUGCUGCAUGUUAUGCUGUUUUGCCAAUUCACCCGAGGUUGAAGAAGAUACGAUAAUUAACUGAAGCUAUCCAAUUCCUAACGUGGAUGUAGAAGAUUCCUAAAUAAUGGAUUUUGAAGAUUUUAUUUCCAUUUUAAAGAAUAUUUUAAGUGACUUUCCGUUACGUUUUUAAAGACAUUUUUUAACUCCAGUCCUGCCUUACACGUUGAUGAAGACGCACAGCAGACGUAUUCGGGCAGCCAAGUCCUGUCAGUGAUAAGCUAAUUAUGUAGUCUGUACAUUUUAUCAGGGGGGUUUUAUUUAUAGGUAUGGUUGGGUGUAUUAUGAGGAAUAGAAGGUGUGUCUGGACUGAGGAGCGAUGUGUAGAGUCCUGAUGAGCUGUGAGGUUUAAGAGAACAUUGGAGAGCUUUAAGUCUCGUACACACAAUCAGAUUUCCAUUGGAGAAACUUGUGGAAUUUCGUGCGAAGGGUGUUGGCAGUGAACUUGUUCUGCAUACAGAAAGCAAAACGUUCUCAGCCAACAAAAAUGAAACUACAUGAUUUUUCAGCUCUUUAGUGCCACCCUUUGGGCAACUUCUGCUAUGGUUGGCAUUGGUUCGGAGCAUGCGUUUUUUGUUCCGACGGACUUGUGUACUCAUGAUCGGAUAGAACAAAAAUACACAUUUGUUGUCGGAAAAUUUGAAAGCAUGCUAUAAAACAUUUUAUUGUCGAAAUUCCAACAGCAAUUGUCCGA